AAUCUCCCUUCUUUAUCAUACACUAGCAAUUUAUUUUCAACAGUUUACAAUGCCCUCAGAAUUGCUUCCAGAUUCUGUUACGACUCUUUUAAAGUCAUCCAGAUUUGUUCAUUUAGCUACUUGUCUUAAUAAUAUCCCCCAUGUUUCACUUAUGAAUUACACUUAUUACCGUGAUUCAAAUGGUGAUUACAUUAUCAUUACCACUCCACAGAAAACUACCAAAUAUAAUAACAUGGUAUUGAACCCUAAUGUAUCCAUCUUGGUGCACGAUUGGGUAUCGGCCAAGUCUAAUACUAGCGGGGAAGAUUCCACUUCGGGUAGAAGAAACUCAUUAUAUGAAAUGCUUACAAAUAUGAAUCGUACUGAAAUUAGUAGUGUUUCCGUUAUGAUUGAUGGUAAGGCAGAGAUUUUGAAGUCAGAUUCAGAAAAAUUUAAUUUCUACAAGUCAUUACAUUUGAAUAAUGAUCUGAUUGAUCAAGUUCAAGCAAAGAAUUAUAUUGAAUGUGAAGAUAAUGCAUUAGUAUUGAUCCGUAUUGAAGGAUGUAAAAUUACUGAUACCGAGAAUAAUAUUCAACAAUUUCAAAAGUAAGAACCUUGACUAAAUGACAUGAGAAAGAAACAAAUGAAAAAAUUAAAAGAGAAAGGUAAAAAACAGAUAUAGUACUAUAUGAUUAUCGAUAGUGUUAAUUACUUUAAUGAAUACGAAGUCAUGACAAAAAA